AUGCUACAACCGACAUUGCAUGCCGACUUUUGGCAAUCGAUCCGCGGCCAGACAGCCAUGCUACCAAAUCUAUAUAUGCUCUUUGCCGAUUGGAAGCCUAGCCUCCACCCCGAAUACCCUAGAGCCCGCGACGAAAUUCUCAAUCCCUGGAUUGAACGGUGGGUGCCCAAUGCGGUCACCUGUCGCAAGUUCCAGCAGGCAGAAUUCGGAGUGUUCGCGGCGAUCAUGUGUGCAGAUACAUCUUUUGCCAAGUUAUGCACGGUAGCGAAGGCUUUUGCGUGGUAUUUUAUUUGGGACGACUUAUUUGACUGCGGGUCCUUGACCAAUGACCAGUGCAGCAUCAGCAAAUACCGCGACGUAUCUUUGCAGUAUUUUCGGGCAGUGCUCUGUGCAAAGGGCGAGUAUCCAGAUCUGUCAUGUUUUUCUCAGGAGUUGCAGAAUGCCUUGAAGUGUUGGGAUGAAGUUGCGGCCCAUUUGCGGGAGGUUUGCUCGCGAGAAACACUUGAAGUUCUUUUGGACAAGAAGCUGUUCUAUGUAUCAAGUGUGGAUACUGUCGAUACCAUCUACGCGGAGGACCAGGCUCCCUCGUUGAUCAAGUACUGGAGACGGCGCGAACGCACGGCAGGAGUAUACCCAGUCAUAGCGACAAUCCCUUUCAUUUACGGGAUCGACGUCUCCAAGCAAGAGUUGUCGUUCGAUCUAAUGCGACUGCUUUGGAGACACACUUCAUAUUUGGUACACAUGAUAAAUGAUAUGUUCUCACUCAGAAAAGAACUUGCAGAUCACCAAGCUGAGAACCUUGUCCCAGUCCUGAUGCUCAAUCAAGGCAUCGAUUGCAACAAGGCUAUGCAACUUUCCUAUCACUUAGUUGAGGAAACCACCCGUGGCUUCCACGAAGUCGAGCACAACAUGCUGUGUAUGUCCCGGCAGACACCUAAUAAAGUGCCCAGUGCAUUUCUGGAAGGAUGUAAGAAUAUUGUCAUGGGAUUAACCCAUUGGAGCUAUUCUGGGCGAAGAUACUUCGAUCAAUCAGAGAUUGAUGAUGACAAUAUGAUCGCUUUUACACUCAGUUGA